UCGUCGUUCUUCUUCUCCACUACCCAUUUUAUCUUCUUCCUCUCUUAAUUCUUCUUCUUCACAGAGGUUGUUCGACUAGUUCUUCUUCUCUUCUGAUUUCUUCUUGCUUCAACUAGUUCUUCUUCUUUACAAAGAGCUUGAUAUACCAGCUUUGCAAGGGUGUUGCUUUCUGCCACUGUCAUCGAAUCUUGCACAGGCAUAGCUGAAAUUCCUUCCUUCAUUUAUCCCUCACGUAAUCAUAUAUCAUUCUAAUGAAAAUUUAUCUAGUGAAGAUUUGCUUGAAAAUAUCCCACGGUAGUUCCUGAUAACCACAAAUGUCAGUCAUAAUUUUUAGGCAUUACAUACAUUAGUUCUACACAAAUAUUGGGUGUUUGUUGUUUUGAAGGACCAAUGAGAUUUUUGGAUUCUCAUCAACUAUUUGGUAUUUUCUUUUGUUCAAACUGAUAUGCUUUUGUUGCCUUGGUUCUAAAAUUUUUAACGAUUUUACUGGGUGAUGAGUACUUUCAUUACAUGGGCAUAAAGUAUUAACAUAAAAAUGCAAUACUUACAGCAAGUAAUCCAUCCAAACCCUCCAUAGGGGUUUGAUUUUUCAAAUAAACUGAAAUGAAGUGAAGAUUCUAUUAGGUAGCUUUAUAAGAUAGACACUUACAAAGUGUUUAGAAGUCCAUACAGUCAUACAUAAUUUGUGAUGCUAGGCUUUGGUACUGUAAACUUAUUCCAGUGAGUUGGGAACGUUGCACUUUUUCACUAUUAUAUUUUCAAGAUUAUUAAGCAUAACAUAAGUUCUUAUGUUUGUCUAGGGAUCGCAGCCAAGUUUUAGAUUUCGUUAGAAAGGGCAGUUAAAAACAUUUUCUGUUAAAGCAUAAACUGCUGAACUUUACACGAGUACAGAUAGCUAAGCUUUUCAAUAUAAGAUAGGUGAAAAAACAAUGAAGAGAAAGGUGUCAAGGUUAUGGGAAGUGAAAAUUUCAAGUCAGUACAUUCAUUAUUCUAGAAUAUGUAUGGCCACUUUUCAUGAUAAAGGUCAGUAUAUUUGGAGCUCCAUCAAGAUUAGUAUUGAAAAUAAUGAAGGAACUGCCAAUAUGAUAGAAUCAAGCCAAACCAUUGCUAAGAUUCAAUCAAUGUUUACAAUUUAAAGCAAAAAUGAGGAAAGAGGAGAUUUAAGAUGCACAGGAAAAAUAAUGAAGAGAAAGGUGCCAAGGAAAAUUAGGGAAGAUAAUGAAUUAUUAUUCUAAGUGAAAAAUUCUUGUCAGAAUAUUCAUGAUUCUAGAGGAUGUCUGACUACUAUUAUUUUUUUUUUUAAAAUAAAUGUCAGCAUCUCUGGAGUUCCAUUGCCCAUUUUUGUUCACAAAAUUAGUGUUUAAAAUAAAGGGAAUGCCAAAAUCACAUAAUCAAGCCAAAGGAAUGCUAGCAAUUAAUCAAUCCUUAAAAUUUUUAAAUAAACUCAGCUUGCUUUUGUCAAAGUAUAACUUUGUGCCCAAAGAAACAAAUAAUUACACUAAGUUAAGAGAGAUUGAGGUCUGCAGAAAAGUAUAAUUUGGCAUAGGACAAUUUUCAAGUGAAAAUCUGUUACAGGCACAGUAUGAAAACUGGUGUUUUCAACUGUCUGGUAAUCAAUAGGGAAGAUGAGUUAAGUCAGAAUGUCUGGUAAUCAAAUGUCAGAUAUUUUCUUCACCCUAGAUAAUGCAAAAAGAACCAAAUUUGGAGAUGUUUUAUGUUUGGUGUAGCUCAAAAACAGGAGUUACAUCCAAAAUUGACCUUUUCCUUAUCUUGCAAUGGUAAAACAGAAAUAGGAAUUAUUACAAUGGCCAAUUUUUCUUUAAAUGUCACUUGAUAUCGAUGAACUUUAAAAAACUGAUGGUCAUCCUCAUAGAAGAUCCAGUAGCUUAUACAGUAAUAAUGUGUAUAAAAAUGUUCCUAUGUAGCUAAUGUGGGAGGAAAUUUAUAAUCAUAAAUCUAUAUAAUUCAGUGUUAAGAAUACAUCACUGUACUAUGUAUAAUAGUAAAAACACUAACUCCUCUAUGAUAGUGACUAUUGAAUUCAUUGUGAUGCAAUUUAAUAUUUGUCAUCUUCAAGUGUAAAAACAUUAGUAAGAAAGUCAUUAAAUACUCUCAAUUUCAGAGAAAUAUAUGUUCAUUUGACUAUAUUACCCUGUUACUCCAUUAAUGCUCUCUCAUUCCAUUUAAUGGACAUACCAAAAGACAAGGAUAAAGUUAGAAAAAACCAAGUAAUUAAAGCCCUCUUGGUUUUCUGAAGUGACAAACAAUUCGAAACAAGCAAAAACUUCUAAAGUGACAAUUAUUUUGAAAUGUAGUAUUCAAUUAAACAGUUAAAGCAAGCAGAACAAGAAAAGAACCAAAUUCAUUACAAGACAACUAUACCCCCUUCCAGCCUUCGCAUCCAGCUUAAAGGGAUCUAGGAUUUCAACUUUAAAAAUGUGCCAAAUAACAUUUAUGGAUUUUUGAUCAGAGAUGGGAGAAGGCCCAAAGUGCUCAAGUCUUGUAUAAGAUAAUAUUUGCACACAGAAUUUUUCUUCAAUCUUCUACUUUGAAAGCUACAAUGAAUUAUCCUUCACACUUUUUUUUGUUUCUGAAUUUAAAAUAUAAAAUUCAAGACAAGCUUGUAAAAUGAAUUACACUGACUCCUAAAAUGUUUCUCUAGUACUUUUGACGGUUAGUAAAUACAAGAUAUUUAAAUAAAUGGUAGCUUUACUGACACAUACAGCAUAUGUCAUCUACAUUAUAAUAAAGCCUUGCUACUGAAACAACUUUCUACCGAACAACUUUCUAAAUUUAAAAGAAAAGUUUCUUUCUCCAUAAGCCAACUAGAAGUACACAAAAUAGCAUACAUGGGAAAUGAGCAGGCAAAGUCCUUUCUCUUGGUUUUUAUGUAUUUGAUAUGAAAUUGAGGACUUGAAAGGGGUUCACGUAUUUGAUAUGAAAUUGGUGGCAGAAUAACUUAUCAUAUAGUUCGUGAUUUGGCAAAUUUCAUGAAAGAAAAGAUUGCAGAUUUGUUAUCAUCUUCUAUCUCCAUAUCAUCUCAUCUUCGUCUUCAUUGUUCUCCCUUUUUCCUUGCGGCUGGUAGCAGCAGCGUUCACGCCGGUGCUGUCGUCGUCGUCAAAGUUUGAUUUGACAAUACAACACCUGGGACACUGCAACGGCCAAGUCACCCUGUCUCUUGUAAUUUUGGCUUCUCCGCUUCAGCAUUCUUCUUCUUCUGCUGCUGCGGCCUGCGAUUGCGACUUGCGACCCUUUUGCUAGUGACUGCGACUGCGAGGUGUUCCUCUCCAGCGACAGAGAGAGAGAGAGAUAGAUGGGUUCUUCCCCUUCACCGGACAUAUACAUCCCAGAGCAAUGGUCGGAGGCUGCUGAUUCCAUUUUGUACAGUUCAAUGCCCCCAAUAGCUUUUAUAUGCGGUGCCAAGAAUUGUGGGAAGACAACUUUCUCCCGCCAUCUCCUAAAUGUCCUCUUGCCCACAUACAAGAAAGUAGCUUAUUUUGAUACUGAUGUCGGGCAACCUGAGUUUACUCCUCCUGGUUGUCUAUCACUAACCGUUGUUGACAAAGUAACUCCAGAUUUGACAAUUCCGUGCCUGAAAACACCAGAAAGGUGUCUUUUCUUUGGUGAUGUUUCUUCUAAGAGAGAUCCAUCAGCAUACUUAAAUUACGUAUUUGCUAUAUAUGAUUAUUACCGAAAGAAGUAUUGCAUCUUUGAUAAGGGAGAAAAUCCAACUAGGAUUGAGUUGCCUCUUAUUGUGAAUACUCCUGGCUGGGUGAAAGGUGUUGGCUAUGACGUAUUAGUGGACAUGUUGAAAUAUAUUCGUCCAACAAAUGUAGUUAAGAUAAGCAUAUCCACUGUAAGUAAGAAUUUACCUGCUGGUGAAUUCUGGUUAGAUGGGGAACAUGAUGGACCAGUUAACUUAAUUGAGAUAAAUUCAGCUCGUCAAGACUCAUUAAAUAGAUCGGUGCUUGUUCAGAAGGAUGCAUCUCUCCUGCGCGAUUUACGAAUAAUGGCUUAUUUCAGACAAUGCUUUUCUAGUGAUUCAAAUAUUUCUACAAUCAAGGAACUUGCACACUCCUUAGCCUCUCAUUGUCCUUAUGAAGUUCCAAUUACAAGCAUAAAGAUUCAACAUCUUCAUUGUGAGGUUCCAAGCUCUGAAAUAUUCUACAGUUUGAAUGCUAGCAUUGUUGGCUUAGCAGUUGAUUCAGAAGUACCUGGAAAUCUACCUUGGUGUCUUGGUCUUGGGAUUGUGAGGGGCAUUGACACAGUCAAACAUGUGCUCUAUGUGAUUACACCUGUGCCACAUAGUUCUCUAGAAAAAGUCAACCUUUUGCUACAGGGUUAUAUCCAAAUUCCUACUUGUUUAUUGCAGGUCCAAGGAUGCGUAUCCCCUUACUUUUCAGCAAAUGCUUUGACUUCAAGCUAGUUAUUUUCUUGAGUUGGCAAAGACGACCAUUGUAAUAGUAGCCAACUCCAUAUAGUUGUUAUAGGUGUUUUCUUUCCAUGGUAGAAGCACAUGGAUUUCAAUUUAGAUAUUCUUCAGAAUAUAUGUAUAUAUUUUUUCUGUUACGAAAUUCUAACAAAAUUUUAGGAAGAGGAUGUAGAUUUUUUUUUUCUCUAAUUAAAU